GGGCGUUUUGACGUCACUUCCUCCAUCCGCCUUCCCGAUUCCAUCUUGCUCCCCGCGUGCCGUUGUGGAUAGCGUGUACAGAUGAAAGAAGUAAUGAAUCAAGAAAAACUUGCCAAGCUUCAGGCACAAGUGCGCAUUGGCGGAAAGGGUAGUGCCCGCAGAAAGAAGAAGGUUGUGCACAGAACAGCGACUGCAGAUGACAAGAAACUUCAGUUCUCCCUUAAGAAACUUGGAGUCAAUAAUAUUUCUGGUAUUGAAGAGGUUAACAUGUUCACAAAUCAGGGGACGGUUAUACAUUUCAACAAUCCCAAAGUGCAGGCCUCGCUUGCAGCCAACACCUUCACCAUCACAGGGCACGCGGAGACCAAGCAGAUGACCGAGAUGCUGCCCGGCAUCCUGAAUCAGCUGGGCGCCGACAGCCUGACAAGCCUUAGGAGACUGGCAGAGGCGUUGCCCAAACAGGCUAUUGAUGGAAAAGCACCAAUUGCCAUAGUAGAGGAGGAAGAUGAAGUUCCAGAUCUGGUAGAGAAUUUUGACGAGGCAUCCAAGGACGAGGCAAACUGAAGGAAAUACGACCCACCGGAGUGUCAAGACUUGACAGGACUGUCGAGCACAAGGCAGUUCUACAUUUCCAGAGGUGGAAACUAGUUAAUGAAUUCCAGUUCUUGUGCCUGCUUAAGAGUUUUGGAAUAACACUACUUUUGGGAACACUUUUCAUAAGUCAAUACUUCUACUUGAGUAAUGAUUUACUCUUGUUUUUUUACUUAUGUUUUAUAUUUAGACAAUACAGUUAUAAAGACAAGGUAAAUAAAUACAUUAGUAAAAUGUAAACAUAAAUGGACAGUUAUGGAUAUUGUCUUCUUUAAGUGAUAAUUCGGGAAAAAAGUUAAUGUAGGGUGUUGGAGCAGCUGGAUCCCUCCGUACUGUUUAUGUCAAUUUCUAUUAAUGUUCUUAAAGAAAGUACCACCGCUUUGACUUGUGUAAAAUUUUAGGAGGCAGGACUUGUUAGUUGAGUCAAAUAUUUCAAUACUCUUCCCACCUCAACAAAUUUUGUUAUUCGCCACAAUAUCCUCCCAAUUCCCGUCUGUCCUAUGUAAAUCUCUGUCCAACCGAGAUGGUUUAGCUGUCCAGCGAGAUGGUUUAGCAAAUGUUUUCCAAAACCUGUUCUUCAUCUUCCAUGUUACUGAACCUGGUCUGUAGCCACACUGAAACAACCAUAUUUGGAAUAAACCUUUGCUACUGUUGGAAAAAUAACAAA